UUAUUAUCUUUUUGCUUCUUCUUCAGAUAAGUUCAUGCUACACCUGGCCCGAUCAUCAUGGAAAACGGAGGCGAAUGUCGGAGAACACAAAGGACUACAACGCCCAAAGAGAUCAUGUUGUUUUCCCGGAACGUACGAACUACGAUGAUUACAUGGUCAAGAUGAGCAGUAGAAUUAAUCCGAAGGUUUCGAAAAAGAAAAGCAGUUGCAUCAUGAAUCUGUGCGAUGAAGUCGAUAAUUAUCCGACGGAAUACAUUACCAGAGUGAUGAAGGAUCACAAAUAUGACAACCUCUUCAACGAUGAUGAUAUUGUCCCUUUCGAUAUAUCACAACGCAACCAAUUCGAUGGUGAAGAAACCUUGUGCAGUACAAUGCAGCACGUCUACAAACCUAAGAAAGCUAUGAAUACGAACAAGACCGAACGCAUCAUCGUCAAUAUUGAAGGUAGAAAACAGACUUUGGUCUUCGAGACAUGCGUUGAAAACACGAAAUGCCAAUUCAGCGAGAUGUUCCCCAACGAUUACCAAACCGAAUGCAAGCAACGUUACGUUGUGAGACGUCUUUGGGCUUUGAACGAUGAGAAACAACCGGCUUUCGAUAGCUUCGAAGUUCCAUCCUGCUGCGUCUGCACGUACAAGAAGAAGUAACGCAUCUUAUCGACUGAUCUCUAGAUUUAACGUUCUUUAUUUUACUUUACUCUCCUUCUUAAUUGCAUUAUUUUGAACCACAAAUCCUAAUUGCGUUCCCCGCAAAAACGAGUGAAGCGAAAAGCAAACACUUGCUAAUUCAGUUUCCACAACUUCAUCAUCUCUGUUUCUGUUACGUUCAGUUUAUGUGUGUGUGUCUUUAAUGCAAUUCCAUUUGUUUGGUUGUAAACAGAAAUCAGUGGAAAUUCGGGGAACGACGUUAGCGAGGACAUCGAUUUCUCAUUUCAAAAGCUUUGCUAAAGAGAUCAGAUGCGAAAUUCAAUAUUAUUUUCAAGAAAUUAGUCAAAA